GCUGCAAGUUGUAGGAGAUGAGGAGGAGUCUCUGUCGGUCCCUCGAGGCCUCGACGUCGGCAUUGAAACUUCCGGCACCCAGCGCGGUACGGAUCUCGCGGUCGACUCCAAAGCGAUGGCAUUCCACGGCCGAGCCGGCUCCAAGGCCAAUCACGCUGCUACGCCAGCUGCUGGCUUCCCGACCUCCCCUCUCCCCUUCCUCCUCUUCUUCAGCAGCUGACGCAGGCGCGGACGAGGCGCCGCUGCAUCGGAUCGUAGCCUACGCUCGUGUGGUGCGUAGCCAUCGCAAUGUGACGUUUAUAUCGCUUGCCGACGGCAGUCUGCCAGGCAACGAGACGCUCCAGGGCGUCUAUCGUUCGUCUUCGUCCUCGUCCUCAUUGCCUGAUCAUCAACAGCUAGCGCCCGGCGUAGGGCUGGAGCUGACAGGUCGGCUCAAGCCAAGCAGAGGCCGAGGACAGGCGUAUGAGCUCGACAUUGAACAUCUCAAGGUGACGGCCCCCGUCGAUGCAGCCACCUACCCGAUUCCCCUGACCUCUUCGUCGACGCCCGCGAGCAACGACCUGCUGCGCAAGUACGCCCACCUUCGACCACGGGAGGCUCGGCACGCCGCCGUGUUGCGCGCUCGUUCCGCGUUCGAAAAGGCCAUCUCAGACUGGUUCUGGGACGCCGGCUUCUCCCGCGUCGCCGCGCCGAUUCUCACCUCGUCGGACUGCGAGGGUGGCGGCGAGGUGUUUCGCGUCGAGCAGGACCAGGGCGAAGAAGCCGGGCCCACGACGCCCUUUUUCUCUUCCGCUACCCCUGCCUUUCUCACCGUCUCUUCCCAGCUCCACCUCGAGGCACUCGCCAUGGGCCUGGGAAGAGUGUGGACGUGUGGACCGUCGUUUCGCGCAGAGGGAAGCGCCACCAAUCGCCAUCUCUGCGAGUUCUGGAUGAUCGAGGCCGAACAACUAACGAGCAGCAGUGGGCCUGCCGCUCUGCACGAGGUGAUGCAGACGACGCAGGGAGUCGUGCAAGCGGCGAUGCACUUCGCCUUGCACCACGAGCAGACGAGGAAGGACCUCGAGAUGCUCUGGCAGGGGCACGAAGCCACCCUGCAGGAGCUCGAAUCUGUCGCGUCGUCUAGCUCGGGGCCAUGGCCAACGAUGACAUACACCGACGCUGUUUCGCUGCUCGAGAGCGAAGGACGACAGCUAGACGAGCCACCACCCGCCUGGGGCCAGUCGCUGUCCUCGUCACACGAGCGCUGGUUGGCACAACACGUCGCAAGCGGUCCCCUGUUCAUCACCGACUAUCCCUCGGGCUUGAAACCGUUCUACAUGCGCGCAAAUGAGAACCAGGGCCCGGAAGAGAGGAGGACGGUGGCCUGCUUCGACCUCGUGGUGCCGCGCCUGGGUGAGCUUGUUGGCGGCAGCCUGCGCGAGGAACGGCUGGACCGCCUCGAGGCGCAGCCCGCGGCGCUCGACUGGUACGCCAAGGAUCUGCGCAGGUACGGCUGCAUCCCUCAUGGCGGCUUUGGCCUCGGUCUCGAGAGGCUCGUCGGCUGGUUGACAAACACCGACAAUCUCCGCGAUGUAGCUUCUUUUCCCAGGACAAAGGGCCCUCUGCGGUACUGAGACAGUGGUCAAUGGUCGAUUGAUUGAUAGAUUGUUUGUAAGCUGUGGUCCAUCUCUCAUUGGGAGUGAAUCUAACGGAGGCGCUACGGAGGCG